AUGAAUCCCAGAUGCCACUUCUUGCCGUCGAAACGGUGUAAAAUCUAUAAACUUACGAACUGCAAAGAACUAGAAUCAACAAAUCCGGGAAUCCAAGAACCCAGAAACCAAAUGCUGCAUUACGUCUAUUCCGUUCGUUUGUAUGUUGAAGGCCCAUAUGGUCGGUUACGAGAAUUCACCGAUGAGGAGAGCAAUCUUUGCCUCCUUUUCAACCGUGUUGUGGACAUGGAAAAUCCGGAACGACAUACGGUAUACCUCGUGAUCUCGCUCUUCGUUUCAUUUUUGAGUAAUAAGAACUCGACGCCAACUGACGAGAAAGCGAACGCCAAAAAGCAAUCGUUGCUCUUCCGCCACUUCAAUACAUUGCUCGGUUUUAGCAACACUGAAAAAUGCUUCACGAUUCCGCCUGCAAGAUUACGGAAGUCAGUCGUCUGCAAUGCUUUCUUGUGCGGUCUUCCCGAGAUCCUUGACUGUAACCUAGUUAUUGGUAAUCAGUUGCUGCCCACUGUGGUCCAACUGCUGCUUCAUUUACCUUCACCUCAAAAGUUGGCAAGUGAUCAGCAUCAAAACAACUACUCAUUGAAGUUGCUAUCGCAACACUCUCGUCAUCUUUGGCUGAACUCACUUAUUCUCAUACUUUACAAGGUUUGGUUGUUUGCUCCUCAUUAUGGUUCUUAA